ACUUCACUCGAGGAAGUGGGUAGGAGAGGCAACACAAGCGACAGAAAAGAGUUUGUUGUUUAUUCCCCGCGCAGAGAGGAUAAAACAGCCCCGCAGCCUUUUCAAAAUGUCGGGAUUUGAUAACAACCCGUUCGCAGCGCCUGACAGCGACAACCCUUUCAAUGAUCCUUCUGUCACACAAAUGACCAACCCCAGUAUAGAACCAGUUGACCAGUACAGCCCCUUCCCUGCCCAGUCCACAGAAGGCUUAGCUACUCAUACGACUCCAGCCUCCACCUCUCCCUACCAGCCUGCUGUGUUACAGCCAUCUACAGAGCCCAGUCCACAGGCGACUGCUGCUGCAGCUCAGGCCAACCUGCUGAGGCAGCAGGAGGAGCUGGAGAGAAAAGCUGCUGAGCUGGACCGCAGAGAGCAUGAGCUCCAGAGCAGAGGCCCGACAGGUAAAGAGAACAACUGGCCUCCACUUCCCAAAAGCUUCCCCAUCAAACCGUGUUUCUAUCAGGACUUCUCAGAGGAAAUCCCCCCAGAGUAUCAGAGAGUGUGCAAGAUGAUGUAUUAUCUCUGGAUGUUAAACUGUGUGACUCUAUUCCUCAACCUGCUGGCUUCUCUGGCUUACUUCACCACUGGUGCUAACCAUGGUGUGGAUUUUGGCCUCUCUAUCCUCUGGCUCAUCCUCUUCAGUCCCUGCUCCUUCCUCUGCUGGUACCGGCCCGUGUACAAGGCCUUCAAGACUGACAGCUCCUUCAGCUUCUUCUUCUUCUUCUUUGUGUUUUUCUGCCAAGUGGUUAUCUUCAUUAUCCAGGCUGUAGGUAUCCCCGGCUGGGGGAACAGUGGUUGGAUCGCUGCCUUCACUGCCAUCGGUGCGUACAAGGCGGUGGGAGCCAUCAUGAUCAUCGUGGCCAUCCUCUUCACCAUGUGCGCCGUGCUGUCCGUCAUCCUGCUCAAGAUGGUCCACAGCCUGUACCGCCGGACCGGAGCCAGUUUCCAGAAGGCCCAGCAGGAGUUCUCACAGGGCGUCUUCACCAAUAAAACCUUCCAGACAGCCGCCGCUGGUGCAGCUUCUUCCGCUGCCCAGGGAGCCUUCCAGGCAAACAACUAAUGUUAGACUGAGCUAAGAUGAGCUCCAUUUAACAGGUCAAGGUCUAUAUGUUAUCAGGUCUAGAUGACUCAUUGAGGACAUUUAGGUUCACUGAAAUUUGGUUGGCACCAAAGUAACAGUGAUUCUUCCUGGGAGUUAUUGGUACUCUUGGAGCAGCUCCUGCCUUUUGGAGCCAGUAGCUGCAAAAUUAUAAUCUAACCUUAUAAUGUAUAGACCUUGAGCUAGGUGAGGCUACAUUAUUAGCCUCCCUUCUUUCACCCUCACCCUCAAUGGACAACAUGUAAUUCCCCAGGUUAACUUUGCUUUUCACAUUCAGCGUGUCUCCUGCAGAGCGACUCGGUCCGGCUCUGUUUGGGUGUAAAAGGCAGUAGGGGGGGGGGAAGUCACACAUUAAGUGCAUUUGGAGGUGGAAAGCAUGAAUGAAGUUGACUGAUUGCUAUUUCAGUGUGUCUUGGCUUUGUAUAUUUUGUGUGCACUUUUUGACAAUGCUCUUCAGCGUAAUGUGUGACUGUGUAAGCGUGUGCCUGAGUGUGUGGGUGCUGGUCACAUAUAUUCAUGUGGCUGCAGUAUGCUUGUGUGUGUUUUUUUUUUCCACACUGAUGGUGGAUACUGAUCAUGUAAUAUAAAUAAGAUGAAGUGUUUCUGUUUCCCUCAUUUAUUCGGCUUUUUUUUCUCUCCUGAAAAACAUUUCUCUUUGUUGUUGGACCCAGUUUGGAAAACUUUUGUUUUGUAUGCUGCAAAUUUCCUUCUAACGAGGAAGAAAACGGAUCCGUCAUGUAGUUAAUUGGUUUUGAAUGGAUAUUACUCUUACUGUAAAUAUUAAUUUAAAUCUGGCAUCAUUUACUUAAUGAGAAAGAAUACCAAGAAUAGACUGGCAGCCUCCCCCGUCACUUUCAGAUUGUAAGACUGCUGUCGACUUGACUUCUCUCUGGAACCAAAACUUUGUAAAACCACUGUGGUAUCAUUGGUGGAAGUGUUUUAUAGUGAGUCUUGGUAUCACAUGAUGGUUAAUGCUGUGUUAUGCCUCACUUAAUUUCAUGAUUGCAAACAUCUAAUCUAAUUCCUUCUUUAAUUUAGAAUACAGACAAAAUAUAAUUUUUGCUUCUCUUUAGGUCAAAUUUUCUUGCUAAAGCAAUAAACUGAUGUUUUUUUUUUUUUUGCUUUAUUUUAAUGGUUUGUGCAGCUUCAGCUACAUCUUUGAACACAGCCUUGCUCUAGAGCCGUUUCUAAGGAAACCAAAGUAAUACUGAGUUUAAAAUGUAAAUUUUUUGCCAGUAAAAUGAAUACAUUUACACCAAGUAGACUGAACCCAGUUCAUACUGUUUACUUAAAUGGGCUGAGUGGAUCCCAUCUGAGACCUUCCUCUGUUGUUGUCACCACUAACUGUAAAUGCAGGAGGAAGGCCGAGUUAUUUUUUCAUGUACUCAUGCAGCAGCAUGUUCAGUCGGGGGGGGGAUCAUUUAAAGUAAUCAGAAAAUAGGUUUUCUCCUGAAGUGUGAUGGUCACAGGUAUGAGAGGAGAAGCAGGACUUGAAUGCCAGAUUUUCCCUGAUGUGUAUCUGAUUUGUAAUUUUUACCAGACCAGUGUGAAUUUGCCAUAAAAGUUCCCUUCCUAAGAACAGACCCAGUGCCUCAACAUCACCAGUACACAGCUGAGGUAUUGCAUUUUCACUUCCUCUGAUCAUUACACUUAACAAAACAAUUCCAAUUCUCAAAAGUCUUCCUUAUACCUCUGUAAGAUACCACCAAGCUCUAAAUUAUUUGUGUACUGAUGUAUAUUUUCUAUGUGAUUUUUUUUUUUUUUUUUUUUUUUAAAACAUGCACACGUGUGUUUUACUUGAUGUACUGUUUUAAAACAUCGGCUUGGAUGUGAUCAUAUGUCAGCGUUCCUGAAGGACAAUCGCAAACGCAGAUCAUUUGUGUGAUGUUCUUGCAGCAGAUAAGGGUCUAAUUUAACAUCCAUCAUAUAAUACAGGAUUUGUAUUAAUUCACACAUCUCUGUGUGCAUUGUAUUAGGAGAACAGAAUUCAGUGCCUUUUGUAUUUCAAUAUUGAAUAUAGAAUCUAAUAAAAUGCUUUGCUUUCA